GAAGCUUUGCUUUAUUACCAGGUGGUGCAAGGGCCGGGCGCAGUGAGCACCGCGCGCCACUGGGUGGCGCUGCCCACUCGGCCCGGCGCUCGGGGAGGCGCGUGGGGGCCGAGGCCCGGUGCGCACCUGCCCCGCCUCCUCCAGGCGGGCCACGGGGCAUGCAGCCGGUCGGGGGCGGGGCUCCGAGGCCCGGACGCGGCCACCGGCUCCCCCGCACCCUCCUCCAGCUGGACCCCGUCGCGCUCCUGAUGCUGCUAGUGGACGCCGACCCGCCGGAGUCCGUGCGCGGCGGGGCGCGCGAACUCGCGCUCUUCCUGACCCCCGAGCCCGGGGCCGAGGCGAAGGAGGUGGAGGAGACCAUUGAGGGGAUGCUCCUCAGGCUGGAAGAGUUCUGCAGCCUGACUGACAUGAUCAGGAGUGACACUUCACAGAUCUUGGAGGAAAACAUCCCGCUCCUUCAGGCCAAAGUGACAGAAAUGCGUGGCAUCUAUGCCAAAGUGAACCAGCUAGAGGCCUUCGUCAAGAUGGUUGGGCACCACGUCUCCUUCCUGGAGGCCCACGUGCUUCGGGCCGAGCGGGACCAUGGGGCCUUCUCGCAGGCUCUGCGGAGAUGGCUGGGCUCCGCCAGGCUUCCCUCCUUCGGGAGCGCCCUGGACCCCCGACUCAGUAGCCACGGUGGUGCACGCAAGAUCCUUAGAUCAGAUCGGCCCUACCGAAGUACGCUCUUUGCCCAGCUUGGGGGAUGUGUGUGUGUGUGUGUGUGUGUGUGUGUGUGUGUGUGUGUAACUGGAAUGAGUUGCCAGCAUUUAAAAACCACAUUUCACAGAAGCAUCUGUACUUGUCUUCUGUUGACAAAGCAGAGGUCUGGGUUCCUGAGCAGCAUCCCUGCUGAGCCACCAUCUGGCCCAAGCCGCCCCUGUGGGUACCUGCCCCAGGGCCUUCGAGUUUCCUACCCCAGCGGAGCACAUAGUAGGUGUUCAGUAAAUAUUAAUCAGCAGAUGCUCUUCAGGCUUCCGAGGCCCUUGAUGGCCUCCCUGCUGAUUUCCUGGGAGGCGGUCGGCAGGCUGUGCUGAGCUGGGAUGAGUGUCUGGGCCUGCCCCUCUCCCCUGCAGCUUGGGGCCGCCUCUUGGGUUUUCCUGGAGGUAAUGGAGGCUGUGGGCGGAGCAGCCCUGCCCAGGCUGGCCUGUAGGAGUCAGCAGUGCCAGGCUCGGUGUCUCCUCCCCUCCAGCUCGCUUGUUCUGUGCACCCCCAGCUCCCUCCCCACCCAGUCCAGCAGAGUGGGGGGGAGGGUGGGAGGGAGGCUCUGGCUGGCCAGGGCGCCUCCCCCUCCCUCUGCCCAAUCCCCCUGGAGGGGUGACUCCCGGAAGGAGGCACGGCUUGGCUGGGGCUUUAUCUGGCGGUGGAGGCUGAGCCAGGCACCAACACAAAGAAGGCAGAGGAGCCUCCAAGGCUCCUUCUCCGGGGCCCUGAGCUGGCCUCUUCUUCUCCUUCUGUCCCGUCAUCCCUUGCGGUGGAAAUGCAACACGAGCAGAUGGCAAAUAUUAACGCAACAAAGGAGGGCUGAGUGGCGCUCGGUCCCCAGCCCCCCUACCCACCAGCCCCCCGCGCUCCCCACCACACUGGCCCUCCGUGAGCUACGUACUCACACGUUCAUGGAUCUGCUUGACUCCGGAUGUUUGGUGGCAUGUGUGCUGGGGAGGGACAGAGGGCUCCCAGCAUGCUGGUUUGCGAACCAGAUUUUUUUUUUUAAAACAUUACAUUCUUGUUGAGGUUUUGAGGACGACUGAGAAGAAAGUUCCUUUCAAUGAGAAGGGGUUUCUAUCUCAAGGGGGUCCCUUCAUUGAAGCCCACGUGGGAGCUUUCCAACUUCUCCCUGGGGGGUGGCGCACGGCGCGCCCUCUCCAGCACUGCCACCAUCAGCCUCGGUGCCCACCCCCAGCAUCUCUGUGACCGCAGCAUCCCUGGGGCUGGUAGACACCCUGCCCUUUGCACAUGCUGUUCCCCUGCCUCGAAUACCCUCCCUGGUGAUGCUGAUUCAUUGCUCAAGGCCAAGUUGAAUGUUACCACACCUGGGAAGCUGCCCUUGCCCCCGCCACCCCAGGCAGCAUUCCUCUGGGCUCCCCGUUUCCUGUCCAUCCCCUGGUGUCCUAGCGGGGUGUCAUCUGUGUCUUCCCCUGUCAUUCCCCCAGACUGAGAGUUUCUCAAGGGGAGGGACUGUCUUGUCUUUGACUUAGUGGUAAGCAGCCAGAAGGGCCAGUGGGAACCAGUACCCUACCUGCCCUGGCUGGGUCCCCCCACGCCCACCUGUCACUCAGGUUCUUACCAUGUCCGCUGUACGGAUGAGGAGACAGACUCGGGAGUUAGAACGCUGGACUUCGUUCCUUUGACUCUAGAGCCCUAUGUUCUUCGUGCUCCGGGGGUUGAAAUUCAGACACUGGGGUCCGGUUGCCCUAAGUGUGGCACUGGGUGCCGGGCAGGGACUGCCGACGGGACAGGCGGGUGCCCUCAACGCCAGCCCGGAGCUACUGCUCAGAGUGGCCUGACCUUGGCCUUCUUUUAAAAAGGAGAGGUUGGGAAUGCAGAUUUUUAUGUGCAAUCAGUUGAUUUGGAAAAUAAAUCUGAGGCUCAGAGAAAUCUCAGGGAACCUAUUGGCCCCCAGGCCGCCUACAGAGCCUGCCCAGGUGUGGGGUCAAUGCCUGUUGGCUGAGGGAGUGGGAGUGUCCCCCUCAAGGUCAUCCUUCCUAGAUCCCCCUCUCCCUGUUUCUGGUUAUAAGGCACUGCCCCCGCCCCUCCCCAAGUGUAGACCAAACUCCUGUGGUCCUCAGAGGCAGGUAUUUGAAAGCCUGGGUUCAGACCAGGGUUCCAUAACCUUGAAACUACUGUCAUUUGGGGCCAGAUCGUUCUCUGCUGCGGGGCUGUCCUGUGGGUCGUAUGAUUUUAGCAGCGUCCCUGGUCUCUGCCCACCAGAUGCCCCUAUUUAUGACCAUCAUAAAAGUCCAGAAAUUGCAAAAGUCCCUGGAGGCAAAAUUGCCCUGGGUUAGGAACCUUCUGCUGGCCCAGAUGGACAGUUCUCAGAGCCAGACAGUGGUAUGUGGGACUCAUCAUCGUCCUCUCUUUGCUUUCU